AUGGAAGACUCUGAUCAACUGAAUAAAGAUAUUUCAGGGGAAUUAGCUGCUGCCUUAAGAAAAUCAUGGUCUGAAGCAGUUCCAAUAGAUAGGAAUAACGAUGAAGGGAGAACUCCAAAUUCAAUGGCAUUUCCUCAGAAUCCAUUAAGUGUACUACAUCAACAAGAAGACAAUUCACCUACAGGUACUCCGAUAAAUCACAGUUUCUCUGAGAAUAUUAGGUCGACCCUUCGUGAACAAGAGCAACAGAUAAGGCCUAACAUACUCGUUGAUACUUCUCAUAUAUCUACUGCUCCGGAUGAUACGCAAGAUUAUCAAUUAUUUAAACAUCAUUAUUCUAUACAAGAGGGUCAAAGAGAUUCAGUCACUGAUAUUUUACAAGAUUUAGAAUUAGAACCACCUUCAAUGUUACAAAGUACCCUUCAACAGGAGCAACAAGCUUCGACGCAAAUACCUCCUAUACAAGGACAUCCCACAAAUAUGAGAAGAAGUUCCAUCCAAGAUGUUCAAUGGGUAAGACAAUUAUUAAAUCCAAGAAGUUCAUUCUCCGGUAUUUCCACAAAUGAACCUACUACUAUGAAUACAAAUGUUGUAUCACCUGGACCUGGGAUGUCCACGGUAACUACGACAGGUACAAAUAUAUAUACGAGUAAACUUAUAACUGUUACAAGGAAAGGUUGGAUAACUAUAUUAAAAGAUAUGACAUUAGAAUCUAUCAAAUCAAUUUUAGUACUUUACAGAUCGUUACAAUUGACAAACAGUAAUUACCCACUUUAUGUUCUUUAUGAUUGUAGUCAAGGUAAGCAUAAUUAUGAUGUUAAUAAAUUGAAAAAAUUGUCCAAUUUAAUUCCUAUACCAAUUUCUUUCCAAAUUGUAAACAAGACAUGGGAUCAAAUAUUAUUAUUUUUAGCUUCGUAUGAUGAAUGUGAUGUUACUGGUGGUGGUGGGUUAGAAUUGGGAUGUUAUAUAUCACCAAGUUGUUUAAUUGUGGAAAAUAUUGACGAAUUAUUAGAAUUACAAGAAAUUGUUGAUGAGAUUGAUAAUGAAACUUGUGUGUUAUUGGCUAAUGAUGAAAUUGAUCCUGAAUUAAUUAUCUUCAGACCAAAUGAUGAUAUAAAGAUGUGUAUUAAAGAAUUUUUCACUAUUUAUGAAACCGAUGAUAAUAUUGAUGAAAGGGAACGUGUAAAGAAAUUUGCCACAUUGAAUGAUUUUGAUGUUUUGAAAGAAUUAUUUGUCGAAACUUGGGGACAUUUAACGUCUGAUGGAUAUGUUAUAGUACUAAAUGAAAAUGUUAAAUUCACAAAUGAAAAUAAUGAGUUUAAUCAAAAAAUAUUUGAUUUCAAGACUUUAAAACCUUGGAAUAUGUCAUAUUUGCAUCAUAGUGAUAUUAAGAAUGAUGAUACAAUGUGCGGUAAGUGGAAUCAAAUUUGGUUAGACGUUUUAGAUAACAAUCAAUCUAUAAUAUAA